UGUGUUGGGGAGAAGGCCAAUCUGUGGCAGGUUGGUUCUGGGUUAGUGCUUCAGGGUAGCAGCUUCCAAGGAGCAGACACAUCGAUAGGACAUGGGGCCCUGGGAGAUGCUGGAGCUGGAAGUGGAUCCCCUUGUCGUGUAGGCAGGAAGUGUGAGGUGCUUAACUACUGUGAGGGCUAGGGAGCUCUGCGGAGCAGGAGGAGUGGUGAGGGGAACGGAAGUCGGAAGCUUCAGUGACCACAUUCACAGGCGGGCAUCUAUGCAGCGGAAAGUCUUCCUGGGGCAGGGGAGUCCAGGAGAGCCUCCAACUUCUAUUCACUCAAGGAGCUUGCAAGCACACCUACAGUCUUUCAAGAAUUAUGUUAGAAGAAAGUGAGACAAGAGAAAAAUAAAGAAGCAUUUGAUGAAACAAGAGGUGUUUAACUACAAAUACAUGUCAUACAUCUGUGUGCUUUCCUCUGCACUUCCUGGAAGCAGCACAAGAGGGAAACUGGCCACAGAUCAUGAGUUUCAGUGUCCAGUAGAUUUAAACAGGCCAGUCACUAAGACGAUCAGGGCCACUCUGACAACCAGCUAAGCUUGCAUUUCACACAGAUGGUGGAGACUCACAGCAACAUUCUCAUAUGUUCCUUGGAUGCGUCUGAUGAGGACUGGUCUCCACUGCUACAGGGAGUCAUGGAUGUACCAGAAAGCUUGCUUCACAUUUGAAGCCUCAAGCACAUGUGGCCAUUGCUUCCUGGUCUCACCCUCUCUGGAAGUCAAGACUCUCCCCUUUAUGAAACAAGUGUGAUACUCCUUGGUGGGACAGAAGGGCUAAAGCUUCUCCUUCAUGAGACUGAGUGGGGAGCCCUUCAGUGCUUCUGCCUUAAGUUGUACAACUGUGCAUAGCACAUAAGGAAGCAGCUUAGGAGAUGGCCUUGUGAAUGUGAAGGCCCACAAACAGGACUCAAACCUUGAGAAAGGAGGCAGGCCAUGGCUUUGCUCUCCUGGUGCCUGCUGCUCCUGUGAACUUGUUCCUUUCUCUUGCCUCCAUAGCCUAUGUCUGACUCUUGCACAUUCUCACUUACAUGUCUUUUCCGUUUUCUGCUGCCCUCAGGUGCUCUAGCUGUUUCUGAUGUACCUCCCUCUGUCUCUUCAUUGUCUAAACUAAACUCCCAAAAGAAAGCCCUGAUUUGACCGAUGCUUCUCUUUGUGCGGAGCCACAUGGGAAUCCUUCAGCCAACAGAUGAGAGUCUUUGGAAUAAGUGCCAUUCUGAUGCCAAUUUGAGGUUGUGAGGCCACAAGGCAUGUCUUGCAGGGAUGAGAGGGCAGGGUUCUUUGGCAGAUCAUCCCAGGCAUGAGUUCUGGUGUGUCUAGCACUUUGGGAACAAGACUUUAGUGGCUUAUAGUCCCUCUCUAACCUGCACUCACUUUGGGCAUUUACAGGCUGCAUGUGGUUUUCCAGUUCCCUCCUUGCCUUAUGCACCUACUAAUUCAUGAAAUGGGAUUGUGAAAACAGACACUACCAAGGGCUUCUGCUCAACUUUCCCUCUGUGGAUGAUGGGUGACAACAGACCCCUGGACCACCUCAGACACAUGGAAUUUCUCAACAUUUGCUUGGAAGAUAACCUACAGCCCUGCCCAGGGACAUGUCCAAGUGAGAUAUGUAGCCAUCCAGGCCCUGAUGAACCUUGCCAGGAAUACGCCUGGCCCUUUGACCCCCCUCAGUCCACCAGGCCUGAUGCUCAUCAUGGUAACUCUGGCAUGGAGCCCACUCGCCUGGAAGACUGCUCUUUUCAGGGGGAGGCCAGGAAGACUCCAGCAUCACUGAGGUCAGUAGGGGACAGCUGCCCUUUGGGGAGUCCACAGCAGAAUCAGAGCUCAUCCACACAGGUGGUGUUCUGGGCUGGCAUCCUGCAGGCCCAGAUGUGUGUCCUGGACCUCGAGGAGGAGCUGGAGAAAACAGAGGGACUCAGAGCAGAACUGAGGUGUUGCAUCCCUCCAUCUUCUAAGGACUUCCUUGGUGAUGUGGACCUGAGCCCCAGCCUGCCCACGGCGGAUGAAGACCCUGAGGAUGACAGCAGUGGGCCUGAAGAGGAGAACCAGACCUGGCCGAAAGGGCAAAUGCCAGGCUCCUCCCCAGAGUGGGGUGCUGAGGAGGAUAGCAUCUUCUUUGACAAUCCUCUCUUCCUGGAGAGCCCUUGCUCAGACACCAGUGCUGAAGGGGAAUGCUUUUCCUGGGGGUACCCAGAUGGGAAGACCUGGCCUCACAGUCCUGAAACUCUGGAUUCUCCACUCCAAGAAGGCACAGGGCUCUGGAGGCCAGGAAGUGAGCUGUGUUUGGGGAGCAACACUGCUGACCAUGGUGGGUGCACCACCCCUCCAUUCCCUGUGCCUCCCUAUAAGAUGCACCCUUGCAUGGCCUUGGGGUCCACUGAAGAAGCUCCCACAGUACCUCUUGAUCAGAAGGGUGAGGACUCACAGACACCCCAAAGCCUCUCUGACCUGGCUCCACCCAUACUUGAGAACCUGCAGACAGAAGAUUCUUCCUGGCCCCAGGAGCUUCUUAUCUCCCAGAACAGAGGUGAGAGGGAUGCUGGCUGUUUCCAGGAGCCCAUGCCCUGUACCUUGGCCCCCUGGGGAAGCCAAGUGUCUCACCUGGAGUCUGGCUCCCCAGAAACUGAGGGCAGAGGCUCUGGCCCCAGGCCCAGCCCUGUGUCUUCCCAGGAAGGUGGUUCACAGGUUCAGCUCUGCAAUCUCAAGUGGCCAAAAGAUGCCUCCCACCCUUCACUCCUGGAGAAGGAUGAAUUAGAGUUAAGUUCCCUGAAAAAAGAGGAGACAGCAGAGGUCCCAAACCUAAGGCAGGAGGUGGAGUAUGAAGACACAGCCAGGACUGAAGAAGCUCCAGCUGCCCAGCACCAAGUUCACUUGACUUCUGCAGAAGGGCUUCCUGAGAGCCUCAUGCCCCAAGCUCAAUCUCCAGAGGAAUUCCGGAGGCCAUCAUCUGGAAACAAGUUGGCUAAUAACAUCAGAAAUGACAAGGGGGCCUGGAACCUAGCAUUGCGCCUCUAUCAGCUGAAUGGUUUCCGGAAGUCUGAAGUGGCUGCCCACCUACAAAAGAACAAUGACUUCAGCAGGGCUGUGGCUGAGGCGUACUUGUCCUUUUUCCACUUUGAAGGUCAGAGCCUGGACAGAGCCCUCCGUGGUUUCCUCCAGGCCCUGGUGCUCAGUGGAGAGACUCAGGAGAGGGAACGAAUUCUCUACCAGUUUUCAAAACGCUUCCAUUACUGCAAUCCUGGAGCCUUCCCCUCAGUAGAUUCCAUACACACUUUGACCUGUGCCAUCAUGCUCCUUAACACAGACCUACAUGGACAGAACAUUGGAAAGAGCAUGAGCUGUCAGGAAUUCAUAACCAACUUGAAUGGCCUGCAGGAUGGUGGGAACUUCCCCAAGGAGCUGCUGAAGGCCCUCUACUGGUCUAUCCGAAGUGAGAAGCUUGAGUGGGCUGUAGAUGAAGAAGAUGCAGCCAGACCUGAAAAGGAUCAGCCCUGUGCAUCAGCUGGCAAGAUAAGCAGUCCCUUCCUCCAGAUGGCUCAUGACCCCACAAUGCCCACCUACAAGCAAGGCAUCCUGGCUCGGAAGAUGCACCACGAUGCCGAUGGCAAGAAGACGCCAUGGGGCAAGCGAGGCUGGAAGAUGUUUCACACCUUGCUGAGAGGGAUGGCUCUCUACUUCCUGAAGGGAGAAGGCCACUGGCUGGAUGGAGAGAGUUUAGUGGGACAUAUGGUGGAUGAGCCCGUGGGAGUGCACCACUCGCUAGCCAGCCCGGCUACCCACUACACCAAGAAGCCACAUGUCUUCCAGCUUCGGACAGCAGACUGGCGGCUCUACCUCUUUCAGGCACCCACUGCCAAGGAAAUGGCCUCCUGGAUCGCACGCAUCAACUUGGCGGCUGCCACACACUCAGCACCCCCAUUUCCAGCCGCAGUGGGCUCCCAGCGCAGAUUCGUGAGGCCCAUCCUGCCCAUGAGCCCGGCCCAGAGCUCCCUGGAGGAGCAGCAUCGUUCCCACGAGAACUGCCUAGAUGCUGCCUCUGAUGACUUGCUGGAUUUGCAGAGGAAGCUGCCGGAGCGACGGGGCCGCAGCCGUGAGCUGGAGGAGUACCGCUUGCGGAAGGAGUAUCUGGAGCACGAGAAAACUCGAUAUGAGACAUACGUGCAGCUUCUGGUGGCCCGGCUACACUUUCCUUUGGGGGACCUGGCUAUGUGGGAAGAUCAGCUUGGGAAGGAAGCUGAAGGCACUCAGGAUUCCAAACCCAGCCUAAAGAAGUCUCACUCAAGCCCAUCCCUGCACCAGGAUGAGGCCCCUACUACGGCCAAGGUAAAACGCAACAUCUCCGAGCGCAGAACAUACAGGAAGAUCAUUCCCAAGAGAAACCGCAAUCAGCUGUGAAGCCAUUGCCAUCCCACAGACACCAGCACCUGCUGUUGCCAGGACCAUGAUGAGGGAUGAGGCAUCCCCCCUUUCUGUGAUGAAGGCCAGGGCUCACGUUCCUGUGUCACCCAUUCUCUGGCUCUUUAGAACGUUUUUAAUCCUGCCAUACUUGCUCACUAUCCUCCAUGGCAGUUCCUCCAUCAGCCCAUCCCUGACCAUUCAUGAGCAAAGUUGAGUGAGGACAUGGCUCCACUUGCAGAGUUUGUCCCAUAUGGCCUCCAUCCCUAAGAAACAGAGCAGUUUCAUUUCCUGGACACAAGUGAACCUGGGUUUCUGGGAGGUAGCUUGAGGCAGUCUAGCCAGGACAGCUACAUCACUGGGAACAGUCUUGCUUUGGGAAUUAGACAACCUAGCAAGGGAAGGUCCCAGGAGGACAGGCAGGGCAGGAUCUCUCAGGAAUUCCUAACCAGCAUCUUUUGACCCAGGGAGCAAUGUUUCUACAGCAUGACCCACUAGAAGGCAGCUUUAUAUCAAAGGCCUUGGCAGGUUCAGGGCUCAAGUAGGCUGUGGGGCCCCAAGCUUCUGAUCUUCUGGCUACCAUCAGCCAGUACCCCCUGGAGGGGGUGUGUGCAGAUAAGAACACCGCAUGCCCAGGUGUUAAUCAGCAGAGCAGAGCCUGUGGCCUGAGCCCGGGUCAGGAGUGGGGCCCUCUUGUGUUCUUUGGAGAACUCUUGGAACAAGAAGCCUUUGUUUCCUGAGGGCAAUGAGACUGGCUCUUCAAGUGUAGACCACUGUGGAGGGAGAGGGGGUGAAAGAGUGCUAACUGUUGGGAGUCUGCCAGGCGGUGGAGGUGGAGAUUGGAGACCUGGGUUCUUAGCCAGAUUUGGGACACCGCUUUCUGCAGACACCCCCACCCUCGAUGCCCCUCAAAGCUGCAUUCCUGAGAGUGUCAGGACCUAUUUCUCAUUCCCAGGCAACUCCCAGGGCUUUGCUGCCCUGCCUUGGGGAAUCCCCUUGUACUUCUUUUGGCUUCUUCCCAGGUAUGCCUGUUCUCCAGGGGAGGCUCUGGAGACUUGGAGACUUAGGGCUGUGCCUGUGAGGAGGAGGAGGCUAGGCUCUGGGAGCAGCCACCAUUGUCUCUGUUCAGCCAUGUGUGCAAAGAGAUUUCUGGCCAACUGGGGGCCUCUGCUUGCCCACCCUUUAGCUGACAUGGUGCCUCUCCUGCCUUCCUGCUGGGCCACACAUCCUCCCCUCCAAUAAUGCUUGUUACAACUCUGGGGGCUUGGAGCUCCACCAAGUGGAGCUAGUCCUGUGGACCAGGGGAGUCUCUGGCCAGGGCCUGGGGCUGGCCCAGGCACCCAAUGGGUGUGCAAUAAAUAGAGCCUACCAAAGAA